UGCGCUUUUCAGAUCAGAGUCGCGCGUGUGGACUUUUGUUGAUAUUCUUUGCUAGUUAGCGAGUUAUUAGCCCAGUUAUAUAUAAGUAGAGGUCAGAAAUGAGGAUUUACUGCUUCCUACAAGAGCACAAAACGUGUAGGCUACAUUUCAAGUUGUCUUUGAAAAGCAAAUCAGUGACUCACUGCUCAUCUUCACACCAAGAAGUCUCUUCCAUAUGUUAUCAACCUAGACCCUGCCGUGCACGAAGUCCCUUUCCCAGCCAACAUCGAUAUCUGUGACACAGUGAAUUACAAAGAAGUCAUGAAGCAAUAUGGCCUGGAUGAAUCGUCACGUCAUUGAAUCUCUUCGCUACAAGAUUUGAUCAGAUAUGUGUUGAUUGACACUCCUGGACAAAUAGAAGUGUUUACCUGCUCAGAGUCCGGAAGCAUCAUCACUGAAACUCUGGCCUCUUCCUUCCCUUGUGUGCUGGUGUACAUGAUGGAUACGUCUCGUAGCGUCAACCCCGUCAACUUCAUGUCUAACAUGCUCUACGCCUGCAGAAUUCUGUACAAGAUGAAGCUGCCCUUGAUUGUCGUCAUGAACAAGGAUGUAUCCAUCCUUGCAGCUUGCCUCCACUCAGCAAAGGGUUAAAGAACAUCCCGUUAACCCCUGCCUAUUCCUCCUCCACAUUACCCCCGCUCCCUCCUCUCCACCAGCUCUCCAGCCAAUCAGGGGCCUGGAUUCCUCUGGGCCAAUGAGAUGGCUAGGAGGUGAUGUCAUGCAGUAAUAGCUGGUUGUGGUGCUGAUGCUGCUGAGAGCACAGCCCAAACAGUAGAGAAAGAGGGAAGAAAAAAGCAAGAUAAAGACAUAGGAGAAUACCACCAGCACUGCUCAGCACACGAAAUAUCUGAUUCACCACAGUGUCUUUAGAAGAAAAACAAGAGGCAGAAUGACUCUUGCAGCGUACAGAGACAAGAUGCGGGAGCUCCCUCUAGCUUCCAUCUUCUGUUCCUGCAUCCUAUCUGAACCCAAAGAAAAGCCCACCAAGAAAGAAGGUGUGGUGGACCUGAACCUGUGCAUCAUCAGGGAUAUGGAGGUGAUUGAGCUGAACAAGAGAAGGUCCGGCCAGGCCUUUGAGGUCAUCCUGAAGCCACCCUCGUUCGACGGGGGUCCGAACACCCUCGCCAUCACACCCCCACGCAGGGAGCCCUCCCUGGAGGAGAUCCAGAGGAAGCUGGACGCCGCGGAGGAGAGGAGAAAGUGCCAGGAGGCUGAGUUGCUGAAGCACUUGGCAGAAAAGCGGGAACAUGAGCGUGAGGUGGCCCAGAAGGCCCUGGAGGAACACAACAGCUUCAUCCGGCUGGCCAAGGAGCGGCUGGAGCUGCGCAUGGAGCACAACAAGGAGAAACGGGAGGCACACCUGGCCGCCAUGCUGGAACGCCUGCAGGAGAAGGACAAGCACGCUGUGGAGGUGAGGAAAAACCGAGAGCACAAGGAGGAGAGCGGGUAGAGAGAGAGAGAUGGAGAGAGAGCGUGGGGCCUCUGUUUUGUUGAGUGAGAAAAGGAGAGAAGAGAAAAGACAACAAAAAAAGACAGUUUCUUAAAAUGGAAAUGGGAUUUGUUUGACAUACGAGAAUUCACAGUGAUGGAAUAGGAGGUGUGCAUACAAUCUUUUUGUGUCAACAAAAGCAAAAAAUGGAAGUUGGUUAUUUUCAGAGCAGGCUGAUGUGGUUUCCUCAGAGCAAUGGUGGAGAGACAGAAAAUCAAGUUGUACUUUUGUAGUGCCCUUGAGUGUAGCGGAGUAUAAGAGCGCUAUGCACAAUUUAUAAACCACACUGAGUAGAUAUUGGCACAUUUUAUAGGCUUGGCAUUUAUAAUAGACCAUGAACCCAGGACUCUCUGGAAAACAGUGGAAAUUGUAACUGAGUGGACUAUCCUGGCUAAAUAAAAUGAAAAUACAAUAAAAUGAAUACAUCAUUAUUUGCAAGAAAUUGAAAUAUAUUCUGGUCAAUAAAAUCACUGACACACAUACUUAAAUUUAAAGCAUUCUACACAUCAUUCUGGAUCACACUUUUCAACACUUUUUGGCAUGUCAGCUUAUGUACAUAAAUAAGUGAGUAGUCUGGUGUUGAUCUUUUGUACAGAUGUAGGGUCUUAAUUUGAUCACUCUUUUGUUGCUGAGAAUUUAUAUUAAAAUAAGGGUUUUUAAGGAGAGUAUUCUCUCUCUGCAGUAGUGAAAGAUAUAGGUAUGAUAUGGAAAAAUAUAUGAAUUAACUCAGCUGACUACAGUACUAGAAGCAGAAAAAUAAGUUAUUGCCUCUGACAUUUUUCUUAGAGGUUGAUGUUUUAGCUAACUAAAACUCCUAGUACUGUAUUGCGCAAGCUAAAACAUGCUGAAAUGCAACUUGUGAUGCAUUUCAGUUUUAAAAGGCUUCUAAAGUCGGUAAUUUCCACUUUGAAAUGUCAGACUUGAUUUGCCCUAAUGAAAAAUGUAUCAACCCCCACAAAAUCUCUAUGAAUUAUAAUCACAUUUCCUGUUGCUGCAGGAUUAUUUUCCUGUUGUGGCAAACUAAGAUCCUACAUCUGUACUGCUAGUUUCUUUGUAUGUUUUCAGUCAUAGUAGUUGUGAUUAGUCGUAGAAUAGACUGCAUUGCACGUAUAUGUACUACUUACAGAUGUAUGUGAUAUGUCACUCAAUAUCAAUUAAAAAGUAAAAGUCA